AUGCCAUCGCCACUGCAUCUCAUUCUUGGAGCCUGCAGCAUGCACUUGACUUUGACCCUUGCCCUGACUCUCCUUGGUCUUGGCACCACCGUGCAGGCUGCUGGGCUUGAAAGUGGUACCACCCCUACCAUUGCAGUCAGUAUCUCCGACGUGAUCACAACACUGAGGGAUGGUGUGGAAGGUGUUGGCGAUGUUUACACCUGGGACCGCCGCAAUCCCAUCUAUAAGGAAGACACAAUGAUAGGUGACAAUGAAGGCCACUACAUUCGACUCACCAAUGAGGGCGACGAUUCCGAAUGGGACUGUGUCUUUACGGCGUUUUUCGAAGAUGGACAAAUUCAUGGUGUCGGACCAUUCAAUUCUGGAGAAACGCAGAUGGCUGUUUCGGGAGGCACUGGAAAAUAUGUGGGCGCCGUUGGCAGUUUGGGGUUGAGUUUUGCGGAUUUCGUCAACGCGGAUGGCAGUCCCAAUGCAACCGGCUUGUAUUAUGCAUACAAUUACGUCUUUGACCUGGAGCUGGCAGAGGAUCUGAUGGAAUCCGACGUGCACGAGAACAGUGAAGACCGUCUUCGUCGCGGGUAG